AUGGGGCCCCCGGGCAAUAGGGGAUCAUGGGGCCCCUGUGUCCUUGCCCAAACUCAAAAAAGCCUAUGAAAAAGUACACGCUAUUUUUCUCCACCAUUUGGACAUGCCCCUGUAACCAGUUUUCUAUCCAUGAACAAACCUUAUGGUCCAUGCCUAUAGACCUCAGACCAGGGGCGGACUGAGAACUCACGGGGCCCCUGGGCAAUAAGGGAUCAUGGGGCCCCUGUGUCCUUGUACAAACUCAAAAAAGCCUAUGAAAAAGGUACCAGGGGCAUCUCAUGGGGGCCCCUACUGACCCCGGGCCCUCGGGCAGUGCCCGAGUUUCCAAAUGGUCAGUCCGCCCCUGCCUC